CCAGCGCUUGAACCAGAGUUCCUACGGCCAGGUUGGGGUUUUCGUUUUUCAAUCUCAAAGUUGGAUCUGCGUCCAGGUGGUAAUUUGUUGCUUCUUUAAUUUUACUUUUCUGAGUUUGAUGGACACCAAGAGGAUUUUAUCCAUGCUCAAAGCAUGUACAACUUCAAAGUCAUUAAAACAGGGCAAGCUUCUCCACCAAAAGAUAAUCUUACUUGGCCUACAAAACAACAUCUCUUUAUGUAAAUACCUUAUCAAUCUCUACUUUUCUUGCCAUUUAUUUGAAUACGCACGGUUAGUUUUUCAGACUGUAGACAACCCAUUAGAAAUUUCUUUGUGGAAUGGCCUUAUAGCCGCUUACACAAGGUACCAAUUGUACAGUGAAGCUCUUCAGCUUUUCCAGAAGUUGCAGUUCUUCCCUCAUCUCAAACCUGAUAAUUUCACCUACCCAAGUGUUUUGAAGGCCUGUAGUGGAUUGCAAAGUGUUGAAAUAGGAAAGAAGAUUCAUACCCAUGUGAUCAAAACUGGUUUUGAAUUUGAUGUAGUAGUUGCAAGCUCUUUGGUUGGCAUGUAUGCCAAAUGUGGCCUGUUUGACUUGGCAAUUCAGUUGUUCAAUGAAAUGCCUAAUAGAGAUGUUGCCUGUUGGAAUACUGUGGUGUCUUGUUAUUAUCAAAAUGGGCAACCAGAAAAAGCACUCGACUUGUUUGAAAAGAUGAAAAGUUCUGGUUUUCAGCCUGAUUCAGUGACAUUCACGACUGUUCUUUCUGCUUGUGCAAGGCUUUUGGAUUUGGAAAGUGGGAAGGAGAUUCACAGGGAAGUAAAAAGAACUGGGUUUCAUUUGGAUGGGUUCAUUAGCUCAGCUCUUGUGGACAUGUAUGGAAAAUGUGGGUGUUUGGAAAUGGCUAGAGAGGUUUUUGAACAGAUCCCAAUGAAGAGUGUGGUCUCUUGGAACUUGAUGAUUGCUGCAUACAGUCUAACUGGUGAUAGUCACUCAUGCCUGGAGCUUUUCCGAAGGAUGAAUGAGGAAGGAGUGAAACCUACUUCAACUACUUUAAGUAGCAUCUUGAUAGCUUGUUCCAGAUUAGCUAAGCUACACAAGGGGAAAUUUAUUCAUGGUUAUAUAAUAAGAAAUGAGAUAAUAUCUGAUAUAUUCAUUUACAGCUCACUUGUUGAUCUUUACUUUAAAUGUGGAAGUGUUAUCUCAGCUGAACAUGUCUUUAAGGAGAUGCCGAAGACACACGUGGUCUCUUGGAAUGUGAUGAUUUCAGGAUAUGUAACAAUAGGUUAUUACUUUGAGGCUCUUCACAUCUUCUAUGACAUGAGAGUUGCUGGUGUUAAACCAGAUUCUGUUACAUUCACUAGUAUCUUGCCGGCUUGUUCACAACUAGCAGCUCUAGAACAGGGAAAGGAGAUCCACAAAUAUGUCAAGGAGAAUGGUUUUGAAUCUGAUGAGAAGGUUAUGGGUGCUCUCUUAGACAUGUAUGCAAAAUGUGGCACUGUGGAAGAAGCACGCCAAGUCUUUGAUAGGCUACCAGUGAGAGACUUUGUCUCAUGGACCUCCAUGAUUACAGCUUAUGGGUCUCAUGGACAAGCUUUCAAGGCAUUGGAGCUUUUUAGUAAAAUGCAGGAUUCCAAUGCAAAACCAGACAAAGUAACUUUCCUUGCAAUAAUGUCUGCUUGUAGUCAUGCAGGGUUGAUUGAUGAAGGGUGUUAUUUUUUCAAUCAAAUGACAGCUAGCUAUGGGAUUAAACCUACAUUGGAACAUUACUCAUGCUUAAUUGAUCUUCUUGGACGUGCUGGUAGACUGCGUGAAGCUUAUAGCAUCAUCCAAAACACACCAAGCAUACAAACAAAUUUUGAUUUGUUAAGCACAUUAUUUUCUGCAUGCAACAUGCAUGAUGAUUUAGAAUUGGGGGAGAAAAUUGCAAGAUUGCUCAUUGAGGAGGAUCCUAAUGAUCCAUCAACCUAUGUGACUCUUUCCAACAUGUAUGCAUCUAUUGGAAAAUGGAAUGAAGUACGCAAGGUAAGGUUAAAGAUGAAAAAGUUAGGAUUGAAGAAGAGCCCAGGAUGCAGCUGGAUUGAGAUUGAUAAGACAAUCCACCCUUUCUUUGUUGAUGAUAAAUCGCACCCAAGGGCAGAUGUGCUCUAUGUAUGUCUAGAGAAUCUUUUCAAACACAUGGAAAAGGAUGAAAUACUGUUAGAUUAGGAAUCUGAGGGAACAUGGAUGAAGAUACGCUUCUACAUACCUGACACUUCUACAUGAUUGAAUCUUGAAUCAAUUAGAAGUCUGAGUGGUGACACACCAUCAUCUGCACUUUGUUUAGGUGUAAGGAGGUUUUUUGUGUUACUGUUUUUUGCUUCAUCUGCGAUCUCCUCAUGAAAAUGCUGACCAAGUUAAAGUUGCAAAUCUCCAAGUCUCCUAUCACCUAUAUAGGUAUAGGUCAGAGCUGAAAACAAUUACUAAAUUAUUAUGGAAAUUGUACUAAGUCACUUGUUUGUAGAUUUGUUUUUAAUAAAUUAUGCAUGCUUUUCAUAUGUUCUUGUUGAUUUUAAUUCCAUUUAUCAAGAAGAAGAUGAAUAAUUUGUUUGUGGGUUGGUGAU